AUGGCUGAAGCUAUUGCAGCCCUUGGUGUCAUAGCUUCCGUCGCCCAGUUGGCAGACUAUGGUUUCAAACUUAGCAUCAAGUUGUACAGCUUCAGCGAAACUGUCUACACAGCAGACAGAUCGAUCAAGUCAAUUUCAAAUGACGUUUCUCUCACAUCCACAGUACUCAAAGAACUAUGUCAGAUUAUCGAGUCCGAUGACGCGCACGUGGUGUCCGAGAAUGCAAUCCUGGCCACCAAGCAGACAGUUGAUGAAUGUCUGAAGAUCUUUGGAGAUUUGGAUGAAGCGUUGAACAAGAGCUUGUCGAAUAUGGGAAAGCUAGAGAAGGGAGAGUCAGAGAAACAGAAAAAAGUGAAUCGAGGAACGAUGACAUUUGAGCGUUUGAAGUGGCCAUUCAAACAAUCAAAAAUGGAGUUGCUGAGAAGCAAUCUUGAUAGAUUGAAGGCUUCUUUGACGUUGAUGCUACAAGUUCUAAGUUACGCUCGAGAUGUGUCAAGUCGAAAACAGGCGCAGUCGUCGCUGGAGUAUCAGAGGCAAAUGAUCGAGAGUCUUGCACGCUCGGAACGCGCUAUGAAGCGCAAGUACUAUGCCCUCCAACAUGCGCUUGAAGAACAGAACCGUCACGAACCUGUCAUUCCCGCGAUCAACGCAUCAGUAAACAUUACAGGAUCUCGGGAUGUCAAUGAAGAGCCUCCUGAUUACAACUCGGCUCCAGUAAGAUCUUCGAAUCCCGUAGGAGAGCUCCUGCUGUGCUUCAAACUCCUACACAGUCUUCUCGAAUCUUCGGUUCCUAGUGGUGGAGUUUCUAGCAUGAAACAUGAAAUCGUGACGCAAGCUCAGAUGGCGAUCCAAGACCUAGGAGUCAACAAGAUCCAAAAGCAAUAUGGCGCACAAUCUCUCGACGUCAAAGUUGAAGCAUUGAAGACUCUGCAGAUGCGUUUGAAAAAUCUGGUCAAAGUUGAUCACUUGAAUGGGUUUGUCAGCGAGGAGAUCGUUGACCAGGAGGAGAAUUUUGAUGCUAUGGGCAACAAAAUUGUCUCCUCAAAGAAGGCCAAGAAGCUCACUUCCGCCGAAUUGCGAAAGAAGAAGAAAGAGCGCAUGUCUCGACGAAAGCGAGGUGACGAGGUCUUCUCAGACGAGGAAGACGAGAACGACGAGGCCGGACAACAUGUUAAGUACACAAUGAGGGAGCGUGUUUUAGAAUCUGAGGAUACUGUCCGAGGCACUCUUAAGCCUGUUGAAUCAAGCGGCCUAGCUGGUGAACGACCCUCGGACCUUCGGGUGAGGACCAGUAGCCGCGAGAGGGAGAAACUACCACGUUAUGACGAUAGAUAUGAGGAGAGACGGACAUCGCACUCUAUCUAUUCAUCAUCGGACUCUUUACCUCUGCUUAGUAACCAUGAGAAGGAGAAACUACCAGCAUAUGACGAGGGAGGUGCUGCUUCACUUCCUCCAACUACACUGCAUCCAAAAACGUCAGAUAUUAUGCAAGCUCAGAUGCAUGAGACAGUGGCAAUCAUGCGUCAACAUGUCGCCAAAGUCAGCGAGCGAGGAGAGCGUCUGGAUUCAUUGCAAGAUCACACGGACAGUCUUCAAAUGUCCGCUCAAGCUUUCCGCCGUGCCGCCAACCGUCAGAGACCAGGGCCAUGGACGAGAGCAUAUAGGGGAGUCGCCCAAAGCAUCGCUAGUGCGGGAACAGCAAGUUAUAAGUCGAUUCAGAAUCUCUCAGAAUCAAUUUAUGAGGCUGGCUCUGUGUUGUUUGCUGAGCCCGAGGAAGAUGAAGCUGAGCAGUCAGACAUUUAUUUGCCAGCUGCUGUAGAGCUGAGCGAAUCAGACGAAGAACUGGAAAAAGAUGGCAAGAUCAUUGAUGAUCUACUAUCUCAGUGGACGACAUUGCCUGCUCGCGGCCGAGGUAGUCCAAUAGGGGACAAUGCCUCAUCCUGA